UUUGUCCUUCCCGGGUGCCGUAGUCCACUCGCCGCUCUCUGGGUGAUAAAGAUGGCAGAAGCUCCUCCAUGGCCCAGCCGGUUUUUCUGUCACAGAUGCUCCGCGGAGAUUAGUCCUCGACUUCCCGAUUAUACAUGUCCAAGAUGCGACUCAGGUUUUAUUGAGGAGCUGCUGGAGGAGAGAAGUGCUGACAAUGGCUCCAUGCCUACUAUCUCCAGCGGGCCCCAGAACCAGCAGCCAUUUGAGAAUCCAGAGCAGCACUUGUUUACAUUCUCUUCUGGUAAUGGCCAGUUUGCCCUGGGUGUCUUUGGUAACAGUUUUGACUUGGGAGCAGGACUGGGAACUGAAGACAACCAAGAUGCUGAAAAUCGCAGAGAAAGGGAAACAGCAGCUCGGCACAGAUAUGGUGCUAGACAACAGAGACGUCGGCAUGGUUCGAUGCGACCACCAGGGUGGCAAGAGGAUGUUCCCACACUAGAGGGAAUUAUCCAGCAAUUAGUCAAUGGAAUAAUUGCACCUACUGCUAUGCCAAAUUUAGGUGUGGGGCCAUGGGGUGUUCUUCAUUCAAGUCCUAUGGAUUAUGCCUGGGGAGCUAAUGGUUUGGAUGCAAUAAUAACACAGUUAUUGAAUCAAUUUGAAAACACUGGACCACCACCAGCAGACAAAGAUAAAAUCAAAAGUCUUCCUACAGUUCAAAUUACACAGGAGCAUGUUGCCUCAGGAUUAGAAUGUCCAGUAUGUAAAGAAGAUUAUAGUGUGGGAGAAAAUGUAAGGCAGCUCCCUUGUAAUCACAUGUUCCACAAUGACUGCAUAGUACCCUGGCUGGAACAGCAUGAUACAUGCCCAGUGUGUAGGAAAAGCUUAAGUGGGCAGAAUACUGCUACAAACCCUCCAGAAUUAUCAGGGAUGAACUUUAACUCCUCCUCUUCGUCAAACUCUUCUUCAUCGUCAUCUUCAUCAUCCUCUACCCCGCAGUCCUCAAAUUCAACCAGCAAUGACAGCUCCACUGAUAACUCUUAAUAAAGUAUUUUUACUCUGGCUGCAUGUAGCUCAAAGACAAGUUUCUCAGAGCUGUCAUCUCCAGUCUCCAGGAUUUGGGUAUGAACAUGGCACGGUCUAAUGCCAAGCACCUAAACCUGAUUUGCGAGGCUGUCGCAGUAAUACAUGAAGUCCAUGUAUUUGAUCCUACCCUGUUUCUCAUCGUCAAGAACUGAACAGAGGAAGGGUGGAUGUGAAGAAUAGCAAAACUUCACUGAGGUGUGAUGUCAGCAGAACAGGAAGCAAAACAAUGGAGUCCAAAAUUAAAAGACUUCAGCAGCAGGUGGUAUUUUUUUUAAUUUUUGGAUUUGUAUAUUUUCAAAUCAACAAUGAAUCCACAGUUAGUUAUAACUAACACAAAAUGAGCUGGUCUUGCAAGUAGCACAUAAAUAUAUAUUUUUUAAAGUGCUCUUGUCUUUUCCCUUCUUGCCUCUUUGCUUUUUCAACCAAAUGAUGAAAUGAUAGAAUGAUUUUAUAACCAAAUUGUAACAUACGGCUGGUUUGCUAGAUUUUACUUACAGUAAUAUAUCAAAUUGCAGUUUCUGUCUUACUUUUAUGUGGAAAUUGAAUGUGAACAUUUUAAUUUUAUUUUUUUUUCUUUAUUAUAUAAAUCUAUUUGCCCAGAAAUUUCUUUUCCAUAAUAAGUGUUAAGAGGAUCAUACAAUUUCUGAAAAAUAACUUGCAGUAUAAUGUAAAAAAAUUUCUGAUAUUAAAUUGAAUUGAGUGCCCCGGUUAA